AGCAGAAGCGGUGGCGGAGCCUUGCAGAGCAGAGAAAAAAAAGGGGGCAUGGUUUAAUUCACCAGCACAUUAUCACUCUGAGUCAGAGGCAAGUGGGUCCCCCCCCCCCCCCACCCUCCCCAACAAAAAAAAACUUUCCAAGCCCCGGGAACACACCAGAGGUUUUAAAAGGACAAAAGAGAGAGAGAGAGAGAAGCCAGCCCCUCUUCCCACCUCAGUCUCCAGGAUAAGUGCAACCUCCCUGCAAACAGAGAGGAAGAAAAAAUCCCCAAUACAUGGAGCUAUAGACCAGACGCAAGACGGGCUCUCCCGAAAUAUAAGCCCCUCUCCUCUCCUCACCCCUCUCUCUCUCUUUUCCCAUUCACUGCCCACCCCUUUCCCUUUCCGCUGGCAUUCCUCCUCCCUCCGACCACCAGUAUCUCCCUCCUCCCCUCCUCAUCUGCUGACCAACUUCCCACCUCCCCCCCCACCCACCCCUCCCCACCCUUUCCCCAAAGCCGACCUGUCGCCCUCCAGUAAAAAGUGACCCGGUGUUGCAGCUGGGAGCCCGGGGACCAUGGAUUUGCCGAGGUCCCCUCCGACGAGGAAGAGCUCGAUAUGGAACUCGAGUUUAGCUGUUCUCAUUUUGACACUAGUCCUGUGGCAAUCGGCGGGGAUCCAGGCAGCUGACCCAGUAGAUGUUUUACAAGUGUUGCAGUUUAACAGGUUACCUGAAGGAGUAAGGCCGACCACAGGCUUCUGCCCCAAAAGGAAAUCCGUCUCCAGUGCAGAUGUGGCUUACAGAAUAUCCAAAAAGGCUCAAAUCAGCGCUCCCACCAAACAGCUCUUCCCAGGAGGCACUCGAUUCCCCGAAGACUUCUCCAUCAUGACACUGGUGAAACCGAAGGCUGGAAACCAAGCUUUCUUGCUGUCCAUCUACAGUGAGCAAGGCAUGCAGCAGGUGGGAGUGGAGCUAGGCCGUUCACCUGUCUUCCUGUACGAGGACCACAGUGGGAAGCCUGCACCCGAGGACUACCCCAUCUUUGGAGGCAUCAAUCUCUCAGAUGGAAAGUUAGUAGAUGGGGCUGCUGUACAGUGA